GUCAGAAUGGCAUGUUCUGAAAGGGCAGCGUUGAUAGCUGAAACUAGGUGUGCCUCAGGCGGGGACUGUGUAAGCCUGAGCAUCUUGCGUACCAGCAGAGUGUCUAGCAGCCUUGGGAAGGAGAGGGCCCAGUGGAAAGCCAGGUGGAUCUGAUUGGUGGGGAAGGUGAGCUAGGGAAGUUGCCCAGUGGUGCACACAAACUGCCAGGCAAAAGCAGGAGCCAGGGGCACCUGGGCAAGAAGCCCCAUAAGAUGUUCAAGAGGAGCUCCAAACAGGCACCUGGAUACAGUUCUGGACCCGGAGGGGGACACGUCGACACUGGGCUGCAUGGCCCAGCAAUCUGGACAAGAGCCAAGAAACCAAAGAUUGUUGAAGCCUCAGUCUCUACUCUCCCACUGAUGCCAGCGACCACCCAGCCCAGCCAAGCCAUAUGGCCUCCUGCUUGUCUGACGUAUGAGGCUUCCUGCGGGCACCUAAGGACCAGAUCCAUCCCUGGGGACCUGGGCACUGCCCGGCGCGGCUAGCGAGGCCCUUGGCCAUGGCCAGCACAGCGGUCCAGCUCCUAGGCUUCCUGCUUAGCUUCCUGGGCAUGGUGGGAACGCUCAUCACCACUAUCCUGCCGCACUGGCGGAGGACGGCCCAUGUGGGCACCAACAUCCUGACGGCCGUGUCCUACCUGAAGGGACUGUGGAUGGAGUGCGUGUGGCACAGCACAGGCAUCUACCAGUGUCAGAUCUACCGCUCGUUGCUGGCGCUGCCCCGGGACCUGCAGGCAGCCCGGGCGCUCAUGGUCAUCUCCUGCCUGCUGUCGGGCAUGGCCUGCGCCUGUGCAGUAGUGGGCAUGAAGUGCACUCGCUGUGCCAAGGGCACACCCGCCAAGACCACCUUCGCAGUGCUGGGGGGCGCACUCUUCCUGCUGGCCGGCCUGCUCUGCAUGGUGGCCGUGUCCUGGACCACGAACGACGUGGUGCAGAAUUUUUACAACCCGCUGCUGCCCAGUGGCAUGAAGUUUGAGAUCGGCCAGGCCCUGUAUCUAGGCUUCAUCUCCUCGUCCCUGUCUCUCAUUGGGGGCACCCUGCUCUGCUUGUCCUGCCAGGAUGAGGCCCCCUACAGACCCUACCAGGCCCAGUCCAGGGCUGGGGCCACCACCACGGCCACCGCCCCUGCCUAUCGCCCACCAGCAGCCUACAAGGACAACCGUGCCCCCUCAGUGACCUCAGCCGCGCACAGUGGGUACAGGUUGAAUGACUACGUAUGAGUCCCUUCCCCGGGCUUCUGCCAGAGAUGCUGGGCCCCAAAGGACCAAUGAUGGAUGCAGGAAGGGUGCAGAGACAUUUGUAAAUGUGGGGAAGUAAGCCCGGAACACAGGGAAGGAGGGUGCUCUCCAAAGCAAAGACUUCUAAAAAAUGCUGGGUUUGUAUUUAUUAUAUGUAUUUAUGUGGGUGGCUUAACGAGAGCUCAAUAAAGAGUGUCUUGGAAGGUC